CCACAGUAGCAGAUGACGGUGGACGGUGCCAUCACCGCUUGCGCACCGCCGCCCGCCGCACGCCACCGCCGCCGCGCGCAGAUUCGCCGGCUGCGACACCCUGUGCCUCUCUCCGUCUCCCGGUGACUUGGCCGCUCGUCUGCACCCGGCUCCUCUCGGAGAGGGGCGAGGAGACCCAGGCUCUUCGACACCGCGGCGGCGGCUCCUCACGGAAUCGGGGACGGUGAGAGAUCAAACUGAUCUUGCCACUCUGCCUCCCAGCAGGUUGCAUACUCUUUGUAUGACCCUGAGACUGGUUUAGGCAGCUUGUACAGGUGGAUGAUGAAUUGCGGUCAAGGCUAACACUGCCCAAAACAGGGGAACACCUUUUUGAAGAUAGGCACUGGUAACAGAUUUUGGUGGUGCGCCUAGAGUUUGCACUGGUACUUUCCUUAAACCAUUAACAAAUCUUUAGCAAUUCAAGCUUAGCUGAAUGUCAACUUGCCUCCACAUCCAAGGUCCUGGGAAAAUUGCUAUGUCUCGUCCGCUUGAUUUUGCUGUACUUAAAUACAAAAAUCAAAGGCUUGCGGAACAACUGGAAGUCCACAAGUUUGAGUACCGUACUCUCGAGGGUAGAUUCAAUGAUUUAAAAGAGAAGCAGAGGACACAUAAUGAGACACUUGUCCUAGUCAAAAGUCAUUGGGAGCGACUUCUAGCAGAUCUUGAUUUGGUUUCUGUUUGCAAAAAUGAAUCUUUGCACUCGAGCUGUGGUACAGGGCAGAACAAUGUACAAAAGGAAAGGGACUUUUUAAAUAGACUUUUGGAGGCUGGUGCCACUGAAAGUUCAGGUUGUUCUCCCAGUUACCAUCUGGGAAAUGGUGUCGCUCCGGAGCAAUCAUCAACAGUUAAUGUUCUGCAGAAGGCCUUCCUUCCAUCAAGUGAUCUGUGGCAUGUGAAUAAUGACUUAGUUUAUGUUGCUCUAACUAAGUUGCCAGAAAAUGAACACAGCAGGCAACUGCACAGUGCUACCAGUAACAUAUUUUCCAAGCUUCAUAAGGUGAUACAUGCAAUAGAUAAUCUUCACUUGGAACACAGGCAGCUGGCAGGGAACUAUCAGAAGCAAAGAGAUUCGAGUGCCUGGAACAGAGCUGAACAGAAACGGCUGAAAGAGGAGUUGACCAGUGCUGUUGCCAAGUUGGAAGAAAGCAAACACAAACUGGCAGCACUGAAAGCACAGGGAGACAAUAAGCAUGGGACUCCGGUCCUUGUUCCUAAACUGGGAAACAAAGAUGUGUCCGCAGAGAAGGUGAGAGAUAAACAAAGAGAACUGCAAGAUCUUGAAGCUACCCACAAGGAGUUAAUGGAAUUAAUUUCAAAGCGUCUGGAGGAAAUUAGGAGACUGCACAUGGAGAGGAUUGAAAUUUUGAACAAGUUAGCGACUUUUCAGGAUAUACUGACAGGUUUCAGAAACAUCCGUUCUUCCAAAGCUUUUGAACUUGUUAAUGACCAACUUCAGAAGUCACAAGCAGAAUUGGAUGAUCACCAAACAUUGUUAAAGAAAUUACAGGUUGAUACGGAUAGCUUUGUUUGGCAAGAAAGACAAUUUAAUCAAAAAGUUGAUCUGGCUGAAAUCCCUCAGAAGGUUUCUGCAUACUGUGUGUCUAGAAUUGCUGACCUUGAAAAGGAUGUUCUGAAACUAUGUAAUGAAAAGAAUAUGCUGGUGCUGAAACUUGAAGAGGCUUCAAGAGAACCUGGUCGGAACCAAGUUAUCUCAGAAUUUAAAGCUCUGGUGUCAUCACUACCAAGGGAAAUGGGUGCCGUGCAAAGUGAACUGUCCAAACACAAGGAUGCUUCCUUACAGUUGCAUUCUUUGCGAGCAGAAGUUUCUUCACUUUCUAGCAUCCUAACCAGGAAGGAACAAGAAAUUGAACAAACAUCAUGCAGAUCUGCCCAUGCUGGAUCUGAUAUAAGCCAACUUCAAUCUCUUGUCCUUGAUCUGAAGGAAAACAUAAAGGAGCUUAAGCUGUUUGUGGAAUUGUAUAAGCAUGAGUCCACUGAUUCCAGACAGCUGAUAGAAUACAGAGAUAGGGAACUCUCUGAAUGGGCUCGAGUCCACGUACUCAAAUAUUCUCUUAAUGAAAGUAAAUUAGAGCAGCGUGUAAUUGCAGCCAAUGAAGCCGAAGCAAUGUCUCAGCAGAGACUAGCAACUUCUGAAGCUAAGAUUGCUGAAUUAGGGCAGAAGCUGGAAACUUCUAGGAGAGAUCUAGUGAGACUAUCUCAUAUACUGAAGUCUAAAUAUGAAGAAUGCGAAGCAUAUGUGGUGGAGAUUGAGAGCAUAGGCAAUGCAUAUGAGGACAUAAUGUCACAAAAUCAACAAUUGCUACAGCAGAUUAUUGAAAGAGAUGAUCAUAAUACCAAGCUUUUCAUGGAGGGUGUUAAAGCAAAACAGUCCCAUGAUGCUUUGCAUUUGGAAGUGAGCUCCUUGAAACGAAAUUUGCAGCAUGCAAGCAUGUUGAUGGAUCUGUACAACAAGAAAAUUGUCCGCCUAGAAGACCAGCUAAGGGGUUGGUCAGAGCGGGUGAGGAGACUGUCAGAGGAUGGAAUGCAGCAAUCUAUAUCAUUGGGAAAUUCUCAAAGAAAGCUGGCUGGUUUGCAUGGAGAAGCUCCAAAGCUCAUGCAGUCAAUGGAUGAACUACAAGCAAAGGUUGGGAGCAAUCGACUGGAAGUUGCUGAGCUGCUUACAGAACUAGAGAAGGAGAGGUUCAGUAAGAAGAGAAUAGAGGAUGACUUGGAUCUAAUGUCAAGUAAAGCCAAUUCUCUAAGAGAGAAGAAAGAUAAUUCAGCAGUCCUGCAAAAGCUUCAUCAUGAAGUCAAGGAAUAUAGGGGAAUAUUAAAAUGCGGUGUCUGUCAUGAAAGGCAGAAAGAGAUUGUGAUUGCCAAGUGCUACCAUCUCUUCUGCAAUCAGUGUAUACAGAAGUCACUUGGCAGCCGUCAGAAGCGGUGUCCAUCCUGUGGACUUAGCUUUGGUGUUAACGACGUGAAACCUAUCUAUAUAUGAAACAGAACGUUGAAGUUUGUGUGGCACGCAUCUAGGUCAACUGCUUUUGGUGCUUAUUAAUUUCAGAUAUAUGGUAGAGGACCAUGGUGGUUUAGUUGGUGAUGGAACAUAAGCUUUUGUAGCUUGUACAACAGAACGUGUAAGAUAUACUAGAUGUGAUUACUGGUGCAUGCAGGCAUGUAUAAUGCCGGUGUUGCUUCAUGCACCUUUUGUAAAGUCUGUUUGCCCUGCCCAAGCUGGUAGACAGAAUAGCCUGACCACAUCAUCUAUUCAGUUCUUUCAAGGGGGUAGAAAGAUCCAGCACAAAUCAAAAUAUAGAGCUAUCAGUAUUGAAACUA